GAAUCAAACGUUCGGUGCUAUUUUUGGAGGGCAUCCGCCCGCCAGCUGUUUCCAAUACUCUUCAGCGGAAAAGCAAGACGUCUCUGAAAAUCUUUCAGUUGCCACUGCAACGAAAAUUCAUAUUGCAUUUUUAUAUAAUUCAAUUCAGUGAGAAAGUUGUCUGAGAACUAUGGAGUACGAACCGGACUAUCAGAAGAUCUGCUCGACUCGGACUGUGCAGUCCGAUAAAAAGGGUUUCUUCAACGAAUUCUAUUUGGAUGUGAAAGAUGCAUGUGGCGACAAGUGGCUGCAAAACUAUUUCGGGAAACUCAAAUCGAAUGCGGCACGUAUUUUGUCUAUAUUCAGUGAUCGAGAGAUCUGUGAUCCAGUGCUGGGCGUCUUGGAGCAUGUGCAGCCGGUUUACAAACAGAAAGAUGUACUCCUCUCCUCUCAGCGACGUGCGCAGGCUGAUAAGUUUUAUUUGAUGAGCAGCAAUGCGGAGGUUGAGGAGGAUCGCAAAGAACUGCUCAAGCAGGCACUGAUGCACGCCAAUCUGGCGGUAAUGCGAGCACCUGCUCCAAAUUUGGAUACGAGUGUCGAUCAUGGAUUAACUCUGGCCAUGGCCUAUUUAACGCGAGCGAACAUUCUUAUAAGCCAGGGCGAGGGGGAAUCUGCUCUAAAUGAUCUCAAGCUGGCUGCCAAUUUCGGAGUGGAGUCUAAGCAGAACGUGGAUUACUACUGCAAAAUGGCCAAAGCUUAUGCAGCUAUGGCCGAGGGCGCUCGCGCUGAAAUCUCUUUGAAGAUCGCUGAGAAACUGGCAGGAGCCAAUACUGGCAUUAUUGUUAUGACUCGAAAGGAGAUUGCUCUGAUCAAGCCAGCCAAGCGCGAGCUGCUAACAGAGGUGACCCCUCUAUUGACGCAUGGCGAGAAUCCUGAGCUCAGCGGUGCUGCCAACGUGGUUAAGCUGGUGGAGACAAAGGAUAAGGGCAGAUUUGUAGUGGCCGAUCAGGGCUUGAAGACUGGAGACGUGGUGCUCGCUGAGAAUCCCGUGGCAGCGUGUCUCUUGCCCAACUUCUUCGGCACCAAUUGCCAUCAUUGCUUCAAGCGCCUGCACACUCCUGUGCCCUGCCUGCACUGCUCGGGUAUUGCCUUCUGCACUGCUCAAUGCAUGGGCGAGGCUUGCGAGUCUUAUCAUCGCUUCGAGUGCCAAUUUAUGGACCUGUUCAUCGGCUCUGGCAUGUCCAUACUUUGCUUUAUAGCUUUGAGGAUCUUUACACAAGCCGCCAGCUUGGACGAUGGCCUGGCAACGGCAAACUUGCUUUUCGAGCAUCUGUGCUCCCAUCAGGAUGUCCGCGAGGCGGAUGAUCAUCUACAGCGUUCGCUCAUGGCGGGAUUCUUAAUGCGUAUUCUACAGAAGGCUCAGUACUUUGGACGACGCAAGACCGAAGGCGUCAAUCCCACUGCUGUGGAGCUGCAGGUGGCCACCGCCCUGCUCGGAUUGCUGCAACUGCUGCAGUACAAUGCACACGAGAUAUACCAUACCAUGGUGACCGAUGAGCACUGCUUCGAGGGCUGUAAAGUGGUGUAUGUGGGUGCGGGUUUAUAUGGCACUGGCUCCUACUUCAACCACGAGUGUUGGCCCAGCGUGGCGGGUUACUUUGUGGGCAAAAAGUUGGUCAUGUCUGCCACCAAGCCACAUCGACCUAACGAGAUAGUUGCUGUUAAUUAUGGACCUAUAUUCACCAAGAUGAAUCUAAAGGAGCGUCAGCGAUCGUUGCGUGGACGCUACGCGUUCAAUUGCAAUUGCUUGACCUGCCAGGAGAAUUGGCCCUUGCUACAAAAGAUCGACAAACAAGUCAGAUUCUGGUGCACUUCGGCCAAUUGCGUGAAUUUGCUCAAGUUUCCCAAGGACCUGGCUAAGGACGUACGCUGCCCUCGUUGCCGCAAGAAUGUUUCGCUGAAGGAAAGUGUUGCCAAGCUUAUUAAGAUAGAGGAACUUUACCGGGAGGCUGCGGAAGCGAUGCAGGCUCAGAAGACUAGUGAGGCAAUUGAGCUUUUCAAGGAGGGCAUUGAUGCAUUCUUCCAAAUAGCAGCACUACCACACAAGGAUACUUUGAUUGCACAGCAGGCUCUGCUCAAAUGCAAUGCCAACACGGGUACUACGUUCAAAAAGUAA